AUGAAAGGUAAGGAGUUGCAGAGUUCAGUCCUGAACUAUUGUCUAAUGCAAGCUACAGACAACUUGGAAUUUUUAUUCAGAAAACUCCAUUUUCAAGUUGAGAAAAAGAAGGACUUGACCUCCGAAGAAAUAAUAAAAGUAUUGCGAAACAUUUCUGGAGAAUCUCAUAGAGAAUUCAAUGCAUUCGUAUGCUGUAUACUUUCCCAUGGCUCGGAAGGUUCAGUGUUUGGAACAGACGGCGAACAAGUUAUGAUUAAGGAUUUUCUACACUUCUUCAAAGGGCAUCUUUGCAAAACAUUGGCUGGUAAACCAAAGCUGUUCUUUAUUCAAGCAUGUCAGGGUGGGGGGAUGGGGUUGGGGAUACCAAAAGACCAGAAGAUGUCGGCUAAAAUGCCAGUAAUUUUGAGAGGGAACUGUCAUCAGGUUCUAGUCCCAAACUUCAAGCUGGUUUGGUUCUCCGUUAAACUUGAAAAUGACAAUGUGGCCAGUGGCGGGAGUAAUAUCCCAAGUGAAGCUGAUAUGUUAUUAGCAAUGUCGACAGUUCCUGGUUACGUCUCAUACAGAGAUCCAAAAGAGGGUAGUGUCUUUAUCCAAUCGCUUGUCAAACAUUUACAGAACGAAUAUAAAGAGUAA